UAUUAUAUCCUAUAACAAUAUUAAGAAUAAUAAGUUCUGUGGUACUUUGUGGUGAUAAUGUUUAUUAUCUUUUAGGAUAAGAAGGAAAAGGCUAGGGAUACAAUGCAGCAAGUGUUGGCACAACAAAGCUACAAACAAGUUCUCAAUAACUGUGUAUCAACACUGGAUCCUAAACUCACCUUAGGAGGAUUAAAAGAUCGUGAGUGUCGUUUCUAUGACUCCAAGAUGAGGCCACUACUCAUGGUCUAUGAGAAUCCAGACACCUCUGCUUCCCCUGGUGACAUCAGAGUUAUCUUCAAAAAUGGAGAUGUCUGUGGUAUUGAGGAAUAUUUGAUUGGAGAUUAUGCACUCAUUCAAUUCAAGGUACAUCUACAUCCUGAGGUAGAACAUGAGAGUGAUCUUUCUCCAGACCUGGAACUGGAAGUAGUAGAGUAG